UCUCUUUCGCGAGUGUCGUAAAUCAAGGAACAGGAAUUACCGAAGAGGAAAGAAAGAUACAUACAAUCCCACUUUUGGUCACCUUGGCAGCUCCCCUCGCCCCCCGCGAUUUCAAGCGCAUCUUACGCUCCCUGGCUUGCAGACGCACACCUUUCACAGCCGCAAAUUUUAUUAGUCAUGUCGUCGGGCCCGUUGUUGGUGGUGCUGGUGCUCGCGUGCAGCCUUCUCUCGGCUCGCUGCGCCCCAAACAGACCUCACAUUGUCUUCAUUUUGGCAGAUGACCUGGGCUGGAACGACGUCGGCUUCACUGGAAACUCGGAUUUGCAGACGCCCAACAUCGACACUCUGGCUUACAGCGGCAGGAUUUUGAGCCACUAUUAUGCCCAGCCAACGUGCACGCCGUCCAGAGCGGCGCUCCUCACAGGAAAAUACCCAAUUAGAACAGGCAUGCAAGGUUACCCACUGUCCCCGUCGGAGCCGCGAGCGUUGCCAUUAGACCAUAAAACCCUGCCCGAGUACCUCAAAGACCUGGGCUACCAGACGCACCUGGUGGGCAAGUGGCACCUUGGCUACUACGACUGGAAGUUCACGCCGCUCGCCAGAGGCUUCGACACGCACUUCGGCUACAUGAACGGGUUCGUCGGCUACUACGACCACCACAUGAACGCCAGAAAUAUGAGUGGUCACGACUUUUGGCGUGGAACGCAGCAGCAGAAACACCUGAAAGGUCGCUACAUGACGGACCUUCUCACCGAGGAGACGGAACGACUGAUCGAAGCCGCUGCUGAAAACGAAAACCCCAUGUUUUUGCUCCUGUCGCACCUGGCCGUCCACACUGGUAACCCUGGCACGGAUCACGAGUACCCUGAGGACGACAUCAAACGGUUCUCGUACAUCAAAGACGAGAACAGACGCAAGUACGCUGCGAUGGUUUGGAAUCUGGACAAGUCGGUGGGGCGCGUGGUCAAGGCAUUGGCCAAGAAUGACCUGCUGGACAACACCCUGAUUGUGGUUACGAGCGAUAAUGGAGCGCAAACAAGAGGCUUGUAUGCCAACGACGGCUCUAAUUAUCCGCUGCGUGGACUGAAAUUCACGAUGUACGAGGGAGGCAUACGCACCGUCGCUGCCGUUUGGAACGCACAAAUUCACGGACAGGAAUAUGGAUCUUUAACGUCCCUCUUCCAUGUAACAGACUGGUUGCCAACUCUGUAUGAAGCAGCAGGUGGAGAUUUGACUGAUCUUAGCGGUAUGGACGGUAAAAGCCAACUAACAAGCAUAGCCAACGACGAUGAAAACGCUUCGCAAUACGACCUCCGCUCUGAGAUUCUGCUGAAUAUUGAUGAAAGACUGGGACUCUCUGGCAUCAGAUAUAAAAAUUGGAAAUAUCUAAACGGUUCAUACUUGAAAGGAAGUUAUGAGGACCAUUUUGGAGACUACCGCAACGAAUUGUAUACGUACAGCAUGGCAGAUUUGGCCAAAUCCGACGUCGCCAAAGACUUAAAAACCAAAUUCCCAUCACUCCCCGUCAACAACAAAGCACACGUCAGCGAAAUCCGACGAGAAAACACAAUCCAGUGCGACAGAAAUGAUGUCCGAUCAAAAUGCAACCUGGUCGACGGCCCUUGCCUUUUCAAUUUGCACCUCGAUCCUUGCGAGCAGGAGAAUUUGUUCAGUGAAGAACAGGAUAUUGCAAUAAUUUUGCAAGCUAAACUGGAUACCUAUCGUUCUCAGAUCACCCCUCAACUAAAUACGGUCGACGACCCAGCCGGAAAUCCAAAACUGCACAACGACUCGUGGGUGCCGUGGAGGGGAGGCUCCAUUUGCAGGAGAGACCAGUGCCCGCGGUCGGCAGCGACCACUUUCUUUAGCUCAAAACAAUGCUUUGCUGGAGUAAUCGGUGGACUUGUUGGCUCGCAAAUUCUUAUUUAAUAAAAAUGUUCAUCCAA